AUGAUUGAUGCAGUACCGACGUACUAUAAAGACAUUGAGGUCGGUACUAAGCAUCAGUAUCUUAGAUAUAAAAAACCAGGCGACAAGUACGGAAAAUAUUAUGUUAAAUGCAAUGAACUAGUAAAGCGUCCUGACGGAACUAUAUGCCACUGUGCAAUGGAAGAAAUGCGUGAGGAUCAUUUCAAAAAAUGGAUCCAAAACAAACGGCACAUAUGCACACCAGGAGAAGUAGCAUCACAACAAACAAUCGAUCAAUACUAUCAAAACGUCCCAGCAACAGGGCUUACACCUAUAUCGUUAGGGGAUAUCUAUGAACAGCUUGCUACAUUUACUGGAAGAUUUAACUUGGCUCUGAAUACCUUCUCAAGCCCAGAGUUUACAAAGCUAGUUAAAACCAUUAUAAUGUAUACUGCAGACUCGAUGAUAUUGAAGUUCCCACAGUUACACAAUGUUAACAUCAAUGUUGAUAAACUAGCUUCUCAAAUAUACCAGCCUAUUUCAACUGACAAACUAAGGCAAACAAUGAUACAAAUUGCAAAUUCAAUCCAUGUUGCAAAAGUUGAUGAGUUUGCUAAGCUUGCCUGUACCUGUGUUGCCAUUGAUGAGGGGAAGACUCAGCAGUUUCACAAUCUGGACUUCUCCCUCACAAAUCCUCUGCAAAGCAAGCGGCCCUAUCCUGUUGAGUCAAUCCAAAUGAAUGGUGGAACAUCUGAAGAUUAUAUCCACUCGCUUACUCAAGGAUUUAACAGAAUCUUCAUUAGAGAUGUUAAGAUCAGCAGUGUAGUUUGCGAUGGCAAUAAAGCGCAAUUGAAAUGUUUUCAGAAAGGAUGGAAUCAAUCGUUCUACAACUCAAAUGACCCAAGGUUAUUCAAAAUCUUGUUUAUCCCGUGUUUAUGCCACAGGAUUCAUAAUUGUUAUCAAUAUAUGACAACAAAAGACGUAGCAUUAGGAGCAAUUGUGAAACAUAUCCACGAAAUAUCAGCUCUUUGUAGAAUCCAUGUUGAAGACAUCGGAGCUCUCUGUCCAAAGCAUGUAUCCACCAGGUGGAUCUAUGAUUAUAAUAUUUGUAUGUUUAUUAUCAAGUAUCAAGACAAAAUUUCAAGAUAUACGCGUAUUGAUAUUGAAAACAUCAAGUUCUUAAGAGACUGCUUGGCAAUUCUCAAGAAGCUUAUUUCCACGUUCGAAUCAGAUAAAACCAAGAUAUCUGAUUGCUACGUAUGGCUUUGCAAGGGUAUUGAAGCACUCCAAUACCUUUCCAGCAGCAACAACAAUCCUUUUGCUGGAAUCCUUUCAAGAUCGUUGUUGA